CACCUCCCAUAGUUCCUGUCGUAACUUCAACACACAUGGUUUGCAGAAUGGCUACGUUCAUGGAUUUGAACAUCAAUUUUACAAAAGAUAAGAAAACGCUCCAAAACAUAAUCGAAACUGCUGCUCAUCUUGGAUACUCCACAGUAGCUAUAAAUUACACGUUAGAGAGUCAGCAGAAGAAACCGGAAAUUCCAAAGCCAACCAGCAUCUCAGAUCUUUUCGACAAGUUGCCUGUUGUACAGGGGAGGUCCAGACCUAUUAGGGUGUUAAACCGUUUAACAGUGGUUGCAACAGAUCCAAGCCAUUUUAGGCCAACCACAGAAUACAAAGCGUUUGACUUGGUGGCUGUGUUGCCGAAGACUGAGAAGUUAUUCCACGCGGCCUGUAUGACUUUCGAGGUUGACAUCAUUUGUGUGACCGUGACUGAAAAGCAGCCAUUCCAUUUCAAAAGAGCCCCUGUCAAUGGUGCUAUUGAUCGGGGAGUGUUCUUUGAGAUCGUAUACACACCAGCCAUCAGAGAUUCUACCAUGAGAAGAUACACCAUUGGAAAUUCCCUGGGCCUCAUGGAGACAUGCAAAGGAAAAGGCGUCAUUUUGUCAAGUGGUGCAGAAAGGCCUCUGGAAUUGCGAGGGCCAUAUGAUAUUGCCAAUUUAGGGAUUGUGUUUGGGUUAUCUGAAGGAGAUGCCAAAGCAGCUGUUUCUACAAACUGUCGUUCUGUGGUGAUAAACGGAGAGACAAGAACAACUGCUUUCGGGAUCAUUCGCACCAUGAAGAAACCACAGCCUGCGCCCACAUCAUCAGAGGAGAAGGAGGAUGGGCGUGAGAUCCCUGCCUCAAAGAGAGUCAAGAUGGAGCAUUAGUAAACCCACAUUCUUGUCUUUUCUUCCGUUAGACUACAAUGUCCUCAAGAUAGAUGACCAUAAUGUCAGAUCUGUAUGAUAAAUGUAUGAAUUUGUACUGUAUAACAGCUAUGUAUUGAACAGAUGUCCACACAUGAGAUGAUUAUCUGUUUAGUAGUUUUGAGUUAUAGUAUAACCCCAAAAGAGUGCCAGUGUGGACCUAUCACUGGUGACUUUUUGUUUUUAUUGACGUCUUUAAUUCUCUCAUUAGACCCAUCACACAACAUGAGGAAGUGGUUUGUAUGUAUGUUAUUUAUGAUGAUGUUUUUGUAAAAAUAGAAAAAAAAAGAUGCUUAUCCAUGAUAUUUUCUGUUUAUUCAUGUAGCACAAAGCGCAAAAUUUACAAAAUAAAUCAAAUAUUGUACAAAGAAA